GUGCAGAGGUUACGUUCUCGUUACGUGAAGCGUGUGUGUGAUGGCGGACAACGCUGUAGACUAGCUGUAGAUCAUCACAAAUUCUCAUCAGAGCGAAAUUAAUCGGUUAUUUUUAAACUCUGUGUUUCAAGUAACUAGCAGAAAUCAUGGCUUCCACGGCGGCAGGAAAGCAGAGGAUACCGAAAGUGGCGAAGGUGAAAAACAAAGCCCCGGCAGAGGUGCAGAUCACAGCCGAGCAGCUGCUCAGAGAGGCGAAAGAGAGAGAACUCGAGCUUCUCCCCCCGCCGCCCAAACAGAAGAUCACCGAUGAAGAGGAACUGAACGAUUACAAAUUAAAGAAAAGGAAAGGAUUUGAAGACAACAUCAGAAAGAAUCGCACUGUCAUCAGCAACUGGAUAAAGUACGCACAAUGGGAGGAGAGUCUGAAGGAGGUCCAAAGAGCCCGCUCCAUCUACGAGCGCGCGCUGGACGUGGACCACCGGAACAUCGCUUUAUGGCUGAAAUAUGCCGAGAUGGAGAUGAAGAACCGGCAGGUGAACCACGCCCGCAACAUCUGGGACAGAGCCAUCACCAUCCUGCCCCGCGUCAACCAGUUCUGGUAUAAGUACACCUACAUGGAGGAGAUGCUGGGAAACGUGGCUGGCUGCAGGCAGGUGUUCGAGCGCUGGAUGGAGUGGGAGCCAGAGGAGCAGGCGUGGCACUCCUACAUUAACUUCGAGCUGCGCUACAAGGAAGUGGAGAAGGCUCGCUCCAUCUACGAGAGAUUCGUGAUCGUCCACCCGGAAGUGAAGAACUGGAUAAAGUAUGCGCACUUCGAGGAGAAGCAUGGCUACAUCGCGCACAGCAGGAAGGUGUUCGAGAGGGCGGUGGAGUUCUUCGGAGAGGAGAACAUCAACGAGAACCUCUACGUGGCCUUCGCCAGAUUCGAGGAGAAGCAGAAAGAGUUUGAGAGGGUCCGGGUCAUCUACAAGUACGCCCUGGACCGGAUCCCCAAACAGCAGGCCCAGGAGCUGUUCAAGAACUACACCAUCUUUGAGAAGAAGUUUGGAGACAGGAGGGGUAUCGAAGACGUCAUCGUCAGCAAGAGGCGAUUUCAGUACGAGGAGGAAGUCAAGGCGAACCCCCACAAUUACGACGCGUGGUUUGAUUACCUGCGUCUGGUGGAGAGUGACGCCGACCCCGACACCACCAGGGAGGUGUACGAGAGAGCCAUCGCCAACAUCCCGCCCAUCCAGGAGAAGCGGCACUGGAGGAGGUACAUCUACCUGUGGAUCAACUACGGCCUGUAUGAGGAGCUGGAGGUCAAGGAUCCUGAGAGAACGAGGCAGGUCUACCAGGCCUGUCUGGAGCUCAUCCCUCAUAAGAAGUUCACCUUCGCCAAAAUCUGGCUGCUGUAUGGCCAGUUUGAGAUACGUCAGAAGAAUCUUCCACAAGCCAGGAAAUGUCUGGGAACAGCUAUAGGUAAAUGCCCGAAGAACAAGCUGUUCAAGGGCUACAUUGAGCUGGAGCUGCAGCUGAGAGAGUUUGACCGGUGUCGGAAGCUGUACGAGAAGUACCUGGAGUUCGCCUCGGAGAACUGCACCACCUGGAUCAAAUUCGCCGAGCUGGAGACCAUCCUGGGAGACACGGACAGGGCCCGUGCCAUCUUCGAGCUGGCCAUCGGGCAGCCCCGCCUGGACAUGCCAGAGGUGCUGUGGAAGUCGUACAUCGACUUUGAAAUCGAACAAGAGGAGUACAGCAAAACUCGAGAGCUCUACAAGAGGCUGCUCCAGCGCACUCAGCACGUCAAGGUUUGGAUCAGCUACGCGCAGUUCGAGCUGUCGGUGGACAGCCCCGAGCGGCUGAGCCGGUGCCGGCAGACGUACGAGGAGGCCAACCGCAGCCUGCGGGGCUGUGAGGAGAAGGAGGAGCGGCUCAUGCUGCUGGAGUCCUGGCGUGACUUCGAGGCCGAGUUCGGCACCGACGCCACGCGGGAGAGGGUGAGCAAGCUGCUGCCCGAGAAGGUGAAGAAGAGGAGGAAGCUGACGGCCGAGGACGGGUCGGACGCGGGCUGGGAGGAGUACUACGAUUACAUCUUCCCCGAGGACGCGGCCAACCAGCCCAACCUCAAACUGCUGGCCAUGGCCAAGAUGUGGAAGAAGCAGCAGGUGCAGGAAGAGGAGGAAGAUGAGGAAGAUGAGGAAGAGGAGGAGGAGGAGGAAGAUGAGGAAGAGGAAGAGAGGGAGGAGGAAGAGGAGGAGAGGGACGAGGGCAACGCUGCAGGGGAAGGGGGGAGGUGUGAAGCCCAGCGGGAGCGGGAACAGGAACAGGAGCGGGAACAGGGGCGGGAACGGGAGCGAGAGCAGGAACAGGGGCGGGAACGGGAGCGGGAACAAGGCCCCAAAGAAGCGGAGUACGAUGACAGAGAUGACGAUGACAGCAGCAGCAGCAGCAGCGGCAGCAGCGGCAGCGAGAGUGAGAGUGACAGUGACAGUGAGAGUGAUACCAGCAGCAAGGCGAAGAAGGGCAGAGACGAUAAAGAGAGAAAAGCGGACGAAGAUUAAUUUCUGACUGUAUCGAAAAAAGGUUCUCUCACUGGAAAUAAGUGGCUUCUUGGGACCGCAUCAUCUGUUAAGGUUAAUUUCUAAAUAUAGUUUGUUUUUUACAAAAAAUAAAAGCUGUUUUGUAUUCUUGUCAUUGGUGAUUUGCUAGAGUU